AUGAAAAAUCGACGAGUAAUGCGAUGGUCUCGUCGAAAUGACAUAAAUCAAGAAACGAUACUCGACAAUAUUGAUUGCACUCAAUUAGCUAUGGAUGAUCAGAGAUUUCUCUACGUGUCUGAUUGUCAAAUGCAUGAAGUGAGACGAUACCAAAUGGGAGAUACACAAGGAACAGUGGUGGCAAGUGGUAAUGGACAAGGCAAUCAUCUUAAUCAACUGUAUUAUCCUACCUAUCUCUUUGUCGAUAGAGAUCAGUCGGUGUACGUGUCAGAUACUUAUAACCAUCGCGUGAUGAAAUGGGUUAAAGGUGCGACAGAAGGAAUAGUUGUAGCUGGUGGUCGAGGAAUGGGUACUGAUUGGACACAAUUGUCUAGCCCUAACGCAAUAAUUGUCGAUCAACUGGGUAGAGUGUACGUGGCAGACUUAGGCAACCAUCGAGUGGUGCGUUGA